AUUUUCAUUUUAGUUUACCUUAUAUUAUUUUAUUAUGUUAUUACUUUUGGAUUUUUAUAUAUGAACCGGAUUUUGUUUUUUACAAGUUAAGGGGUCCGGGGUUUUUUUAGGGUUUAUUAUAAUAAUUUAGGAUAAAUCAACUCGGGGAAGCUGCUAACUGCUGCAAAUGGAAACCGCUUUGCGUGUGUGUGUGUGUGUGUGUGUGGUCAUGAAUAUAGAAGACAGUCUUUUGAAGGCAGCAGUCUGAAUACCAUGACAACUCCCAGCAGCCUCACAUGUAUUCCCAGCUGUGUGUGUGUGUGUGUGUGUGUGUGUGUGUGUGUGUGUGUGUGUGUGUGUGUGUGUGUGUGUGUCAGGCCAUUAUAAAGUGUUCAGGGGGAAUAAAUGGGAUAAAUGUGGAGGCUGUGCGGUCUUUGUGUCCGUCAGCUCGUUGUGUGUUUGUUUGCAGAGUUCGACCACCCAGCAGGAUCCAACACACACACACACACACACACACACACACACAGAAAGAGAGAGCCGAAGUCAUUGUCACACACAUCACACACAGAGAAAAGUGAAAACCAAAACUUAACCAAACACACAAACCCUGCAGUAAAAAAUGCCCCAAAAAACAAGAGAAAUCCCAAAGAAGUCUGGUUUGGAAAAUGUUACAUUUAUCAAGUAAUUUACUGUUUGAAUUACACUUAUUUUAUCUUAAAAUAAGAGACAACUGAGAUGUAGUGACAUCAUCCCACUGCUUCCCAGAGCAGUUUGAGCAGUUUGAGCAGUUUAGGGUCAGAACCACAAAAGAAGAAGAAGAAGACGGAUCAGUGCAUUAUAGAAUCAAGUUGACUUUAGAUUUUUGGUUUGUUUUAAGAAAAUAGGGACAAUCUUUUUUUUACCGUGUAUGUGGACAAAUGGUCUAAAUUGACCUGAUGAUGGCGCUAGAGGAAAAGCCAGAGGAUCACUAAGGGAUUAUGAUUCAUGAAUGUUUGUAUCCAACUUCAUGUCAAUCCAUCUUUUAUACUAUUUCAGUGAAAACCACAAAUGUCAACCUCACAGCAGAUCACCAAAGUCAGUAUUCCUCCUCCAAUCAUCUUAAUCCUUCCAAUCGUUGUUGAGACUAAAGAGGUUUGAGUCCAGAUUACAAUUAGACACUAAAGUGAUAUUAAGGUUGCAAACACUAACAGUUAUUUGUCUAUUUCAAUUAACUGUUUAACCUACGAACAAGAUACAACUUGUACAUUUGGCAGCGGUAAAGUGGCUAAAAACCUUAUUAUUAUUUUAUCUUUUGAUGAAGCUAGGCUAGCAGUUUCCCUCUGCUUCCAGUGUUUAUGCUAAGCUAGGCUAAACAACUCCUGUAGCUUGUGGAUGUGCCCUUAAAACCACUAAAAAAGAUUUUUUCUAAAUAUGUUAUGAUUGAAACAGAUCUACUUCUUGUGUAAUUCUGGAGGGGAAAAAAAGGAUUUUCCAAGUAGUCAGAGUGUUUCUUUAAAUGGGAGCUCGGAGUUGAUUUAGUUUGAUCUCACUGUUACUGUUAAACUGUAGAUUGAUGAACAAACUGAGGAAGUAAGAGGACGUCAUUCUAAUGUUAAAUAUAUACAUAAAGAAUCACAAAGUGGAGACGCUUCCUUUAAAUUCAUCAGUGAGCGAUGAAAACAUGCCAGAGCCUUGAUUGUUUGUUAAGUUGUUCAUUUCUUGUUGAUUUCUUACUAGCUCUCCUUGUUGUUUAUAAUAAAUAAACAUACUUUUACUGUAGGACUUUAAAGAGGGGGACCCCGGUUACAUAAUCACAUUGAUCUUAACUCUGAAUCAAUAUAGAUGACUCCAUUAUAGCAGGUUAUCCCUUGAUUCAGCACACAAGUAUUAUCAGGAAAAUAUACUUAAAGUAUCAAAAGUUAAAGGGCUUGUUUUACAGUGAAAUGUCUCCUGAGAGUAAUAUAUGAUAUUAUUUUAUAAUUAAUACUGAUACAUACAUUUGAGGGGCCCUGAGAUGAUUAAUGAGAGAAGAAAGAGGAAAAAAACAAAGUUCUAAUACACAAAUUUAUAAAACAUUUUGGACUUUUCUUUAAUAUUUGUAGUUAAAUAUUGGAUACUUUGACCUCUUUGGUCUUCACUUAUUAUAAUGAAACAACAAAAGGUGAAAUGUCUCUUUGAUGAAACUGCUAACAGACAUCUGAAAUGUAGCAAAGGACGCCGACCAGAGAGGUUGUGAUACUUUUAAUGAACAGAUGCUGUAACUGAUUAAUGUCCCCUAAAGAUCUGAUCUGAAUUACAGCUGUCAGAUAGAUGUAGUGAUGUAAAGAGGAUGAUACCUCCAAACUGUGGUGGAGUAGACGUAUAAAGUAACACAAAAUGUACUUGAGUAAAUGUACUUAAUUUCCACCACAGCAAUGACAAUCUAAAAAUGUAUAAACAUGUUUGUGUUAUUUCUACUGCAGCUUAAUACCACUUAAUUUAUUAUUUACACUUGUGCUCUUUUUCCUACUGUGACAUGGCACAAUGUGAAAAAGAUCUAUAUUAUAUACAAAGCAGAGCAGCCACCAUAAAGAAAUGGAGAUAAGUGUUGGUAAAUAAUUUCCCCUGUGGGACGACAAUAAAGAUGUGAAAUGAACUCUGUGACUGUGUGUGUGUGUGUGUGUGUGUGUGUGUGUGUGUGUGUGUGUGUGUGUGUGUGUGUGUGUGUCAGUGAGUCCAUCAGCUGGUGUGUAAACACUCUUGAGUUAAUCCUCACAACAAACACUGAAAUACACUCUAAGUUUGCAUUUAAUACUUGAUCAUCCUAAAUGUAGUGAUUUUUUUCAAGGCAGUUUUGUGUGCACAGUAAAAUAUGUAUAAAGUGUAAAAAGUGUUAUUUUAUUACUUUAGUUUUCAUUUUUACUACUAAAUAGAUAUAGAAACGGAGGCAACUUAGUUGUUUAUCCAGCUAAAGGGGGACAUGGGUACAGCUGACUCCACUAUUUAUUUAUGUAUAUAUAUAUUUUACUUAAUUUGUUUAAAUUUGACUAAUUUAUGGCAGCAAACUAAUAAAUAUAUAAAUAUAAAGUGAGUCUUCAACAUUUCCACACCAGUAUUUUAUUCCUGCAGUAUAGAGAACAUUUAAAAAGACAUUAAUUUAGAGAAUAAAAGUAAAGUAUAAUGAAGUUAACUGAUUGCAGGCUGAGGUAUUUAUAUUGUUUCUUUCUUUAUGUUUUAACUUUUUGCCAAAUUUUACUUUUUGUCUUUUUUUUUUUAUCCCAAAAAUAGUGUAAAUAAUAUAAAUAUUUGUCCAGUAUUGUGAAUAAACACGUUAUUAUUUCUAUUAUGCUAAUGUUUUAUGUUGCGUUAAUAGAUCUUAUAUUUAUAUAUCUUUACUCCUCACUAACUUGUUGGACACACUGAGGAUUGUUUGGUUCUUUUUGGUAAACAGGAAGCGGAUCAGUGACUCUAAUAAAUGUAAAUGAGUCACUUCUUUCCUCACUAAUCCUCCAUCAUUAAAACAUUCACCUCCUCCCUGAAGCUCCAGCAUCUCUCUUUAAUACGCUGCUCCCGUUUUUUGUGUGUGUUUUUUUUUCACACCCUCAACCACUUGACCCUCGAGACCCGCCUCCGUCCUUUUUAACGGCACACACACACACACACACACACACACACACACACACACACACACACACACACACACACACACACACACACACACACACACACACACACACACACACACACACACACACACACUCUUAAUGUCUUCCCUCAUGUAUUUUUCAUGCUGUUAAAUCCUCUCCGGUCGGCCCGUGCAGCUCCGGGCUCCCGCUCCGUUUAACGGCAUUCAUGGACCCAAACCCUCCGCUGGCUGCUCCUCUUUAACGGGCUGCAGCAGCUGAACCAUCGCGGACACAAACCUGGAACUUUUGUCUCCUUCAGUCUCUCCUCUUUCUUUUUUUUCUUUUUUUACCGGCGUCAUGUCUGUUGGCACCAGCACAAAAACGGGCUUCUCCGUGCGGGAUAUUCUGGAUCUCCCGAGCCCGACCAGGAGAUGCAGCUCCGGGACCGAGGAGACCGAGGAGGACGACACCGAGGAGGCCUCUGCGGAGGUUUCAGGGGCGGGAAACGCGCAGAAAUUGGGAUUUAGCGGCCGGAGUUUGUGCGAGCGCGGCGGCGGAAGCUACGGCAGGUGGAGCCGCGGAUCCGGUAACCUGCACUUCUCAUUACACGGUCUUUCCUUAGAGUCCAGUACCGAGCCCAAAUCUCCCGAGCUCUCCACGGACGAGUCCCCAGACGCGGAGCGGGAACCGGCGGCGGCGCAGAAGAGCCGCGGCAGGAAGCGGCGGGUGCUCUUCUCCAAGGCGCAGACCUUCGAGCUGGAGCGUCGCUUCCGGCAGCAGCGCUACUUGUCCGCCCCGGAGAGGGAGCACCUGGCCGGGCUGAUCCGCCUCACCCCGAACCAAGUGAAGAUCUGGUUCCAGAACCACCGCUACAAGAUGAAGCGUUCCCGGGUUGAGCACUGCAGCCUGGAGGCGCUGCAGCUGCUGCCGGCCCGCCGGGUCGCCAUUCCGGUCCUGGUGCGGGACGGGAAGCCCUGCGACCGAAUCACAGCGCAGAACCUGGAGGCGACGCUCAGGUCCGGCCUGAGUCUACCUCUGUGUGCCUACUCUCCGCUGCUGCACCCCGCCUACGGCCCGGACCACCCCGGACUGCCGCAGCAGCACCCAGCGGUGCAGCAGCUGGCGCACAUGUACCACUGGAGCUGGUGAAGCCAAAACUCUUCCUGAUUCCUAAAACACUGAGAAAUCCACGUUAUAAGCUCGAGUUCGGCCAUGAAUUGAUUGUUUUUCUUGUCCGAAUAGUCUCUCUUAAACGAUAAAUGCCACUAUUGAAAAAGGAAUAAAAAUACAUCUUUUUUUGAAUGGAGUUUGGUUUAUAUCAGGAUUUGUUUUUCCCAGAAUAAAACAAAAUACUAGGCCUAUUUUUCAAAAAGCACGAGUGUGCCACAUGAGAAAAUUAAACUCUCGCAGUUGAAGUUUUAAACUUAAGACUCACUUUGUGAUUUAGUUUCCAGCCCUUCUUCAGAUGACCUGUUUUUAGGACAUUUAUUUUGUGUAAUCCCAUCAAAAAUGUCCCUUUUUCCCUGUCUCCUAAAGCUUGAUUGUUUUUUUAUUUUUAACCUCAUCACAGGUAACAAAAUACAUUUUCCCCAUCCAGACGCGCAAAACGUCUAAAACUACACUAUUGAAUAUGUGGAUAAAAAGACUGAAGUUUAACUGUGCACAAAACCGAUCAAAACAAACGUUUUCUUGUUUUUGGAAACUUUUUGUUUGUUGUUGUUGUUUCUGUUGUGUUUUUCUGCAAAAGUGUCACUUUUAUCGCGAGAACUUGUUUCCGCGUGUUUCAUAAAUCUAUUUAUAAUGUUGACCGGUGAGUUGUUUUGUAAUAAGCUGGAUAUUUAUGAUGUUGAAUAAAAGUUGGAGCCGUU